GCUGACGAAGACGACGAACGAUGGGUUCAGACGCACAGAAGAUUAAUGAGACCCGACAUUCCUCUGAACAUACCGCUUCGAAAGACCGAUGCCGUUUUGAACUGCCCUUCCUGCAUGUCAUUGUUGUGCCUUGAUUGUCAAAGGCACGCGGUGUACUGCACGCAGUACCGCGCGAUGUUCGUCGAAAACUGUACAGUGAAAAACGACGAGACCCUCUACUUCAAGGAGUCAGGUCGUAAAGGUAAGAUUAGACGGCGUGAAAAUCUCUCGGGCGUAACAACAAGCGAUUCGGACGUGUUUCAUCCCGUCGAAUGCAGCGUAUGCAAAACCGAAGUAGCAGUGGUCGAUGAGGACGAGGUCUUUCAUUUUUUCAAUGUUCUUGUGAGUUGUUCUUAG